AUGACUAAAGUUGGUUACUUCUACACGGAUUGCCUGGUGCCAAUGGUUGGAAAUAAUCCAUAUGCAACAGCAGAAGAUAACUCAAUGGAGCUGAGUAUAAAUGCUGAAGUGUAUUCCUUACCUUCAAAGAAACUUGUAGUUCUGCAGAUCAGAUCACCUUUUAUAAAGAAUAAGUACAGGCCCUUCUGUCAAACGCUGCUGUCUUGGGUGGAAAGCAGCAAGUGUGCCAGAGUCGUCAUUCUGUCUAGCAGCCAUGCCUACCAGCGCGAUGAUGAGCAACUUCUUGGAACACCGCUACGCUACCUACUUACACCUGAUCUUGAGAAAGCAGUUGGAGGCCUUAUGCAGGAGCUGAACUGGAAAGAAAUGGAAAAAGUAGCAGCUUACCCUGGAAUAAAUGACACAGAAAAAGUUCUACAUAUUCCUGGAGGUGGCAUCACAAAGCUACUGUUUACUGAGAGCUGCUCAAAAGGAAUCCACAUGGCAGUUCUCCUGAAAUUCUGCUCAGAAGGGGACAACAUCCCUGAUGCCUUUACCCUUGUUAACUAUCUUAAUGAGUGGCUGCAGCUAAUUAAAUGUGAAAGCAACAAUUCCACAGAUACUUCUUCACAAUGGAAAAUACCAAGUUCUUGGCGCUUACUUUUUGGCAACGGCCUUCCACCUGCACUCUUCUGA